AACGUUUCAUCAAUUAUCUUUUAACAAAUCUCUAUACAAAUUUAGCGAUGGAGAAUAAGAAGACUAAAGGGCGUCAAAAGAUACCAAUAAAAAAAAUAGAAAAUCAGGAUAAAUUGGUUGGUACAUUUACAAAGCGUCGUGCAGGUUUGUACAAAAAGGCUAGCGAACUCGUUACAGAAUUCAAUGUUGAUAUUGGAAUUAUAAUAUUUUCCCCUACCGGUAAGCCUUACUCAUUUUUUCACCCUACAGUUGAUGCAAUCGUUUCUCGCUUUCAGAAUCCUGAUAUACAGUUAAGUGAUGAUACCCUACUAGCCAGGACUCUUGCUCGAGAGAAAGUGGAUCAACUCAAAAACAAUCUUGAAGAAUUUGAAAUCAACGAAAAAGUUGCAAUUGCUCAAACAAAUUAUCUUGACCAAAUGACAGAAACUAAACAAAAAGGUUGGUGGCAGUCAAUUGAGCAACUUAAUGCAGAUGAAGUGUCCAAGUUUGAAGCAUGGUUAAAUAUUGCUAGUUUUAAUUUGCACCAUCGUUUGAACCAAUUGGAAAAUGGUGCUUCAUCCUCAUUGGGAUGCGGAGUGUGA